AUGAUAUACAUUUUUGCUUUUCACUACAGGUGGGGAAGUUGGACUGGUGUACAGUGGUGCCCCUCAGGGUAUCUUGUUAAAUUCCUUCUGCAAGUUGAGGAACCCCUUCCUGGUGACGAAGACGAUACUGCAGCCAACAAUAUCAUGUUCCAAUGCUCGGAUGACAGUAUCCUGAUAGGUGCUGGUGGACCAUGGGGAACAUGGGGAGAGUGGAGUGACCCCUGCACACUUGGAAUUUGUGGCAUGGAAACCAAAGUGCAGCCUGCCCAAGGAGGUGACUUAGACGACACGGCCCUGAAUGACGUCAAAUACAGAUGCUGUACAGAAUUAGAAAAAAAAAAUGAAGAAGAACGCUAA